AUGCGUCCAAUGAACAGAAGAUUUCGACGGGUUGUUACACCUUCUCAGAAAGCAAAGAGAACCGUAUCAGAGUUACAAUGUGAUGAUUAUGUCUGGUUUGUGGUCCGACGUGAUCAAGUUAUUCAAGCGUACAGACACACCCUUUUUUAUUGUGUCCAUUCAGAAAACUGGGGAAUCAAGACUGAGUGCUCAAGGCUAUGGUUCACAACCAUUUACUUGACAAAUGAGAAAAAGUUGUAUAAUUUUCGAUUCAGUGUUGACGCAAAUUCAUUUUUAAAAACAAUGAUUGUUGAGAUGAGUGUACUGCGUGUGGCGGCACUCUCUGGGAACAUCGCUUAG